AUAAACAAUGCUGUUAUAAAAUUACAUCCUACGAAAUAACAUAUUUUAAUUCAUAAUAAUGCCACUUUCGGAGAUGAUUAAACCUGUGGGACGAUUUUGGAGAACUCAUGUCUCCUACAUUUAGAAGAAGUGUGAUCAAUUCUUAAGUUUUGAUUUCCAUAAAUAUUUCGCUAUAUCAUAUCCCAGAUUUGGACCCUUUUAGUCAAAACCCAAAGAUGAGAGUACCUAAAGUAUUAAAUCCAUUGUAUCAGAAGAAAUUAUUAAAGAGAUUUGGUGUAUAUGAAAAAGUUUUACCUGUGGAAACAACACCUAGUAGAUUUGUACCCCAGCAUAUUGUUAAACCAGACUAUGUGAGCGGUCUUUCCAAAUCAAUACCUAAAAGACCAGAAAUAAAAGAUGAGGAACAAAUAAAUGGUAUGAGGAAAAGUUGUCAAUUGGCAGCCAGUAUAUUAAAUAAAGCCCAUUCAUUUAUCCAGCCAGGUGUAACAACUGAUGAUGUUGAUGACUUAAUUCAUAACUUUAUAAUAAACGCAGAGGCAUAUCCUUCACCGUUACAUUAUAAAGGGUUUCCCAAAAGUGUUUGCACAUCUGUGAACAAUGUUGCUGUACAUGGUAUUCCAGACUUGAGACCUCUUCAGAAUGGUGAUAUUAUAAAUGUUGAUAUUACAGUAUUCUUUGAAGGCUACCAUGGUGAUUGCUCUAAAACAUUUUUAGUUGGUGAUGUUGAUGAUAAAGGCCAAGAACUAGUUGCAGUAACUGAAGAAUGUCUUUUCGAAGCAAUAAAGUUAUGCGGGCCUGACGUGCCGUUCUGCGACAUAGGUUCAAGGAUAUUUAGACAUGCAAAAAGAAAGGGCCUGACAGUGUUACCAGCUUUUGCUGGCCAUGGGAUUGGUAAAUACUUCCAUGGUCCGCCAGAUAUCUUUCAUAUUUUGAACAGAUAUCCCGGUCUCAUGCAACCUGGCAUGACCUUCACGAUUGAACCCGUUUUAUCGCACGGUCGGGAAAAUACAUAUAUAUUGGACGACGGUUGGACCAUUAUAACUGAAGAUGGUUCCAGAACAGCCCAAUGCGAACACACAAUAUUAAUCACUGAAGAUGGAGCUGAAAUUUUAACUAGAUAACCAGAACUGCAAUAUGCAACAGCUUCAGAUAGAUGUCAUAGCAAAAUCUUAUAAAAGGUCAAGGAUGUUAAAAAAGCAUUUAACUAUCAAAUCUAGUCCUAAAAAUUAUAAUUAAGUAGACAAGGUGUAAAUAAAAACACUGUUGCAUUA